AUUUCAAAUACCCUAUGUAAUAGAUGGGUGGUCAUUGUUUGAACUGGGUUAUAAAAGGUUAGAGCCCGCAGGAUAAUCUUGAAAAGCAAGUGCGUCUUCCUGAAAGGCUGUCUUUUUUGUCUAAUUCAGGUCCUGAACCAGCACAGUCACUCUCCAUGAGCACCUCAGGUUUGUUUCGCUUUCCUACUCUGUGGACCAGAAUAUGCGCCGUGUCGUGGGGACUCGGGCCUUGGGAGAAGUUGACGUUGCUGUCCGCAGGAAGAGCAGUCAGUCUGGUCCAGCUGGCCGGCAAGAAGGACCGCCCUGCUCUGCUGUCCCUGGACGAGCGUGAGCUAGAAGAGCAGUUUGUGAAAGGAUGGGGUCCGGGCGGCCAGGCCACCAACAAGACAAGCAACUGCGUGGUGCUGAAGCACAUCCCCUCGGGCGUGGUGGUCAAGUGCCAUCAGACAAGAUCAGUUAAUCAGAACAGAAAGCUAGCUCGGAAAAUCCUGCAAGAGAAAGUGGAUGUUUUCUACAAUGGUGAAAACAGCCUUGUGUGCAAAGGAAAACAAGAGGCCCAGAAGAAAAAGCAAGAAAGGAAAAAAAGAGCAAAGGAAACCCUGGAAAAAAAGAAACUUCUGAAAGAUCUCUGGGAAUCAAGUAGAAAUGUGCACUGAGAAAGAACUGCAGAUUCUGACUAAAACACUGCCAGACGCUUUCAAGGAAUAAUGGUGGUGAGUUCCAUCACCAGCGUUAUUAUAGAGCUGUCUUUGAAAGAAAGAUUUUUGACAGACUUAAGACAUCCAAUUGUUUUAAAUG